AUGGACUCUUUGAAACAGGUGUUUGUGACGGCAGGAAUCACGUUCGUUAGACACUCGUGCGACUAUUCCAAGCUGUAUGUUUGCACAAAUGACGUUUUGAAGGUGUUUGAUGUGAAGAACCCGGAAAGAGAGCCUGAAGUGCUCGAUAUUAUAGGGAAGGUCACUUCGUUCGAGGUGGGCGAGUUGAACGGUCAUCAAUACGGUGCCGUUACCUCCAAGUCUGGAGUGUGCGAGUACUAUGAUCUGGACUCGCUCAAAUCCAUGGGGAAGCUGCUGCGCUCGCCUCUGGCUUUGGCGGACGCUGUUUUCACCCAUGGUGGAUCACAGGUGCUCUGCGGCGGAGCUGACGGCGAAUUGAAGCUCGUGUCUCUCGAUUCAGACACCACUAUCAAAUCCAUCAAGACGAACGACCAGGUCACUGCGAUUGGGUACAACAACGUGGGAGAUUUGGCAGCAGUCUCGCUCGCCAACGGAGACGUUGCUAUUUACGCGUAUUCUACGUCCGAACCGGCUGUCAAACACGUGUACCCCAACAAAACAGAGAAGCACAAGUUUGUGGACGACGAGGACGACGAUGAUCUCGACCUUGACGACGCGUUUGGCAGUCAUCCUCCAGCCACCAAGGCUGCGGCUGGUGUCUGUGGCUGCGACUGGCAUCCAAACGGUGACCUGGUGGCUGUCCCCACCAAGGACCGCGAAAUCGAGGUGUACGACCGUUCCGACCUGUCGAGCGUGAGUUUCCAGUUCCGUGGUCAGUCCCAUGAAAAAGGCCUGGUCGACUUGAAGUGGUCACCGAACGGACAAUAUUUAGCUUCUGUUGGACGCGACCAGAAACUGAUCAUUUGGGAAACCAAAUCGCACAAGUCAGUUAAAGUGCUCAACUUACCAGAAGAGGCCUGUUCUCUCUCUUGGGGACGCGCAGACGGGUCGUUUGAUAUCGUUGUCGGUACCAAUUCCGGACAUAUAGCCCAGUUCGACUCUGUCGUUUCAGAUAAAGAGUCGUUCAAGGAGUCUGAACGGCCAAUUGACGACCUCGACUCCGAACCAGAAAGCGAGGUGACCGGUCUGUUCGAUGAAGUUCCCGAGGACGACUUUAUAGUGGACGACGAUGGUUCUGGCUACGUUGAAAAGAAGAGACCAAUGGCUGCGCAUCAGCCAGCCAAGCACCGCAAAGUCGUCAUUGACGCUCCUGUUCAGGAGCCGUCGUUCACGGUGCAACCAUUCUCUCCAGGAGGAACCCCUUGGAAUGGCAAUAGAAAGUACCUAACCAUGAACUCCACUGGCUAUGCUUGGACGGUGAAACAAGAUGGCUACAACACAAUUACCGUCAGUUUCUUCGAUAAAGGUCUGCAUAACGAGUAUCAUUUCAAAGAUCUAUAUGGGUUCAACGUGGCUUCCAUCACAGAGGACGGUAUUCUUCUUGCCUCAGCUACCAAGUCUAGAAAAUCCACCAUAAUGUACAAAUCACAUGACCAGCAAGAUACGUGGCUGCGGUCCCUUCUUUUGCGGCCGGGAGAGUUUGUUUCGUGUGUGAGUCUCAGUAAGACAGCGAUUUAUGUUUCAACCUCUCUGGGAUUCGUUCGCAAGUACAGUCUUUUUGGCCGCAUUGAAAGAAUCGAAAAGACCGCUCCUGUGGUUGCCUGUGUGAACAGUGACAAGUACCUGUUCACUGUGACGUACAAUUCUGGUUCAUUGAACUUCAACGUGCAAGAUCUGGAUGGCAAGUAUUUCCAGAGAAACGAGCAUCUGCCAAUACAUCUAUCUGGUAGCGCAUAUUCUGCAUAUCCUCUGAAAGGAGCAUUUUUCUCGCUUGAUGGAGAUCCAUGCGUGGUUGGCCACGACGACUUCUUGCUGGUGCUCACAAGAUGGAGAGACCCGUUGCAAGCGUCCUGGAUUCCAAUCUUGGACACUACCGAAGGUGUCAAGAAAUUAUCCACGGGUGACAAUAUCAAGUGUUGGCCGUUAGGAUUGUUGAAGAACAACUUCAACUCGAUUGUGACAAGAGGCUCUGAAUAUCCGUCGUUCCCUCUAGCUAUGCCUUUGGAGAUUCCUAUUAGAUUGCCAAUCACUGGUGAAGAGGACGAGGAAGAUCCCGAAGAGGAGCUUGUGCGGUGCAUCACUCUGGGAGAGCUGCUCAAUGAUGCGAUUAGUAAUGACGAUGUUGUGGACGAGACCGCCCAGGAGCGUCUGGGUGAGAUCAGUGUCAAAUACGAUGCUGCUCUGUUGAAACAGUUUGGUCAUUCCUGUAAUGACGGUAGCAUCAGCGACGCUCUGUACUUGGCUACCAAAUUGCGUGAUGAAAGAGCCUUACACGCUGCAUCCAAGAUCGCCGAGCGCCUGCAACUUAUUCAUCUGGUCAAUAAGAUAACCAAGCUGAGAGAGGCCAGAAUGGAGUGGGGGGAUUGA